UAUUUCCUUUUUCUAUUCGAGUACUUUAUUGUAAAUUGAAAAAAUUUUCUUUGGUUUUCUAUAUGAAAAUGGCACAACCUUUUAAACCAACCCCAGCUUCCCAACAGGUCGUUGAAGAUACUGCGAAGGUUAUGGACAGAACUUGGGAGACUAUUCAAGAGAAAACUUUUACGAAAUGGGUGAACAGUAAAUUGACUAUAAAGGAUAUAACUCCAAUUAGCGAUUUGAAUCGUGAAAUAUCCGAUGGAGUUCGAUUAAUUCAACUUUUGGAAAUUAUUGGAGAUACUUCUCUCGGCAAAUAUAACAAAAAUCCAAAAAUGCGCAUUCAAAGAGUUGAAAAUGUGAAUAAAGCAUUAGAAUUUAUCAAACAUAGAGGCGUUUCCCUCACUAAUAUAGGUGCUGAAGAUAUUGUUGAUGCCAAUCUUAAACUUAUUCUUGGUAUGAUCUGGACUAUUAUUUUGAGAUUCACGAUUGCUGAUAUUAGUGAGGAGGGACUUACAGCUAAGGAAGGUCUAUUACUUUGGUGUCAAAGAAAGACAGCUCCUUAUGCCGAGGUUGAUGUGCGUGAUUUUACUUAUAGUUGGCAGGACGGUUUAGCAUUCUGUGCAUUAAUACAUCGACAUCGUCCCGAUUUAUUGGAUUAUGAUUCAUUAGACAAGUCGAACCGUCAUGCGAAUACCGCCUUAGCAUUUGAUGUAGCAGCAACGCAUCUUGACAUAGCGAAAUUAUUGGACGUAGAAGACGUUUGUGAUAUUCAAAAACCCGAUGAACGAUCAAUUAUGACCUAUGUUGCUUUAUAUUUUCAUGCUUUCUCACACUUAGAUAAAGUAGAAAUUGCUGGAAGGAGAGUAGCAAAAUUUGCAGAAGUUAUGCAAUCCGCUUGGGAUAUGGAACAUGAUUAUGAACGACGCGUCGAGCAGUUGAUGAAAAAUGUUAAUGAUAGGAAAACUGUCUGGGCCAAUUCACGUUUCGAUGGAAGUUAUUCUGAUGCUAAACGUCAAUCUGCUGAAUUUAAUAAUUACAAAAGUUCAGAGAAACGUAAAUGGGUAUCUGAAAAAAGUGAUUUAGAUUCAUUACUUGGAAAUAUUCAGACCAAGCUUAAAACUUAUGAAUUACAACCUUAUCACCCUCCCGCUGGAUUAACUUUAACCGACCUAGAUAAAGUAUGGCAAGGCUUAUUGGCUGCUGAAGUUCAAAGAUACAAAUCAAUUAAUGAUAAAAUUAGAGAUAUUAAGGAAAACCUUCGUAAAUCAUUUGCUCAAUCAGCAAAUAAUUUUCAGAAAAAUUUGGAAUCUAUACUACAAGUAUUGUCUAAAUUAGAUGGAGAAUUAGAUGCUCAACUUGAAACCGUGAAAGGUCUUUCUGUAAAACUAGGAUCUUUGGAUAAUUCUCUUUCUCGUAUUGAAGAAAUUGACGCUCAAUGUCGUGAAGCUAAUAUAGAAGAAAAUGAUUAUACUGUAUUUUCAGUAGAUGACUUGAGAUUCGAACUGGAGCUUGUAAAACAAUCUGUUAAUAAGAAAUCUUCAUUUAUCGAAAAUCAGAUUGUGUCAAGAAGUAUGACAAAUUUAACCCCCGCACAAUUAGAAGAAUUUGAAAGCACUUUCCGGCAUUUCGAUAGAGAUUCUACAAAUACGUUAAAUACUUAUGAAUUUAAAGCAGCCUUGGCUAGUUUAGGCAUUUUCCAUAAUGAUGAUGAAUGGGAAGCUACAUUCAAACAAAUGACUGAUGGGCAAUCCGAAGCCACUUUUGAACAGUUUAUUAUCUAUAUGAUUAAUGUAACAGAAGAUAAAACUUCACCAGAUCAACUUCGACAAUCAUUCAAAAUUGUUGCGGGAGAUAAACCUUUUGUUACUGAAUUAGAUUUAAAAAGAUCUUUAUUGCCAGAAAACGUUGUAUCAUAUUUAAAAGAAACUAUGCCAUCCAGUCAAGGCGUGAAUGAUGGAUAUGAUUAUUCUAAAUAUUUAGAUCAAGUUUUUAAGGGUUAAAAUUAUAUAUUAUUCUUUUUUUUUUAUAUUAAAUUGCAAUUGUAUGAUUUUAAUAACAAAGCUUAAAACAAAUAUUUAUUUAAUUAAUCUUUUUUUUUCUACUAUUUUGUUUUGUUUUCUUGUUUGAAAGUAACGAUUUUGAUUCAUAUUUCGAAUUAUUAUCACCUUUAGAUUUAUCUUUCUUUUCUUUUUUAUCUCCGUAAAUGGUAUCACCUUUAUUUAUAUCCUCAUUUUUAUCCGAGGCAAUAGCCAACUUACGAGCUUUUCGUUUUUUUGAAGCUUCAAUAAUUUCUCUAAUAAAAGGAAAGGAAAUUAAUUAUUAAAAAAUCAACGCAACAAUAAAUAAUUAGAUACAUACUUUUUACGUAUCAUUUUCUUAAG